AUGUUCAGAUCCGCCCGAACCGCGAUCGUCGCAGCAGCAGGAGGAUUACCGACCCGCUGCGCCGCGUAUACCUCACGCGCAACAGUCCUUCCCACACAAGUUCAUCCCACGCGGUUCCUCCGAACCCGAAGCGCGCGAAAUUUCCCUAGUAACUUGCCCUCCCCUUAUCGCCUAGCCGUUUUCGCCGCGAGCGGUGCAAGCCAAGCCUCGGGUGGAUUUGAGCCGUCCGUAUCGGCUCAGAUCCGUGGGAUCGGGGAAGGGGAGUCCGGCGGGAAGUUUGGCGGAAGGUUCCUGCAGGAUGACGUGGGCCCGAACCAAGUGGUUCUCGAGGCGCAGGCGCGUGUGUGCACGGGACCCACGCAGACCCGGCCGCUGGGAGAAGAGGAGAUGCGGCGCGUCUUGGAGCAGAUCUUGCUUUCAGGUGUGCCCUCAGCGAAAGGCGAGCUCCCAUCAGAGCGUGUCUCACGCGCGCAAAUGGGCGCAUUCUUUGCGGGCAUGACGGUGCGCGCCAACUGCUUCCCCCCGCCACGCAGUGGAGUGACCCACACAACAACCCUUCCCUCUGUCCGCCCCUUUUGCACCCUGUCCCUUUCCUCACCGCCCCCAUACACCAGCAAAACGCGAGCUCCCCACAUCAGAGCGCGUGUCACGGGCGCAGAUGGGGGCGUUCUUCGCGGGCAUGACGCAAAGGGCGAACUGGCCCCAUCAGAGCGCGUCUCACGCGCACAGAUGGGCGCGUUCUUUGCGGGCAUGACGGUGCGCGCCAACUGCUUCCCUCCUCCCACGCAGUGGAGUGAGGGGGAGAGGCGCGCGCUGGUUGACAUGUGGCCCGCCCUCAGAUACCACCUCCCCCGGGACGUGCUCUUCCUUGCCGACCCUCAGGGCUCCAUUUUCAACGAUGCGCUCCCUGUGGGUCCGACCUUUAACGGCCACGGGUCGGAGCAGGAGGCGCAGGUGGUGGGGGAUCUCAGGGACAUUCUGUUCGGCGUGCACCUUGGCUUCCAGGAAACCAUGUCGCUGCUGCAGAACUUGCUGCCCAUGAGGGGCGGCUCUGAGGAGCGAGCGGAGGGAGUGAGCGAUGCACUGGUGGCGGCAUAUUUGAUCGCCGUGCGCAUGAACCGAGAGACCGACAGAGAGCUCAAGGCGUUCUGCCUCGCGUUUGACCAGGAGCUGGGACCAGCCCCAAUCGCAAGAGUCCCUUCUUUAACCCACUACGGGGAUCCCUACGAUGGCAGCACGCGCUACUUCCGCCCCACUCUCUUCGUGGCGGCGGUCAGGGCGAACUGUGGAGAGGCGUGCCUGCUGCAUGGGGUGGACGCCUUCCCUCCCAAGCUCGGGGCCACAGAGGAAGCAAUGCUGAACCUGCUGGGAGCAAACACCAACCUCUCCCCGCCUCUAGCUGCUGCUAUUCUCGAGGACCCGCAAGUCCACAUGGCCUAUCUCAGCCUCAAGGACUGCUCUCCCUCUUGCUACUCAUCGGUGGACAUGCGGAGGCACAUCAAGAAGCGGCCAACGUUUGCCACCACAGAGAAAGUGCAGCGCUACAUUCAUGCAUCAGGGCGAGAGGCCAUGGUAGCAGGGUUUUACCAUGAAGGAUACGAGGAACCGCUGCUGAUGCUUAUGCGCAGGCAGCCCGUGGAAGCAGGGCUCGUGGUGAAGGGCGAGGAGGGGUCCCUAGCUCUCAUGACCCGCCGCCCGGCCCCAGAUGCUCCCAAAAAAGGCCGCCCGGUGAACUACUGCGCGGGCUUCCGGCCGGGAAACAAUGGGAGUGGAUGGCAGGAAAGGGGAGCGGUGAGGGGAGGGGAGGGAGGGGAGGAGAGUGAGAGUGGAGGGGAGGAGGAUGGGUUUUACCGCGAGACGUUUUCGGUGGAAGCUGAUGCUGUGUCGGUUGGCAUGGAAGAGACUCUCACACCGCGGAUUGACCGAUCGGCGCAGAAGAAUCUGGACUUGGGACUGGAAGCACUGAGAGGAGUGAAAGGGCCGGCAUAUGACAGGAUAGUGUUCAACGCAGCGGUGCAGGAUCACCUGUUGGGGUGGGGUGCGAGGGCGAUUGGGUUGGAAGCAGCGGUGGAGAGGGCGAGAGAGGCGGUGGAUAGUGGGCGAGCGAUGAGGCACCUCAUUGGGUAUGUGGAGCGCAGCAAGCAGAUGCGGUGA